AUGGGGAAAUGUCUCACCGACGAACUCUCAGUGAAUGCGUACAUCGUCUGCGCGCUGAAUCCCUCCUCUGCUCAUGAUGGGGCCAUACAACUGAGCAGCCCGUCCUCCUACGGUUUCCCAAACGUCAGGACAACGAUUGACCUGAGGAGGUCCUCCAAGUGUCAGAUGAUCGCCCGUCCACAACACUUUGGCCGGAAAGGGUGUAUCCUGCUGUACAAAGCUGGGAUGAAGAGCCAUGACACCGUCACUCACCCUGCAGCCUCCAACACCGUCACUCAGCCUGCAGCCUCCAACACCGUCACUCAGCCUGCAGCCUCCAACACCGUCACUCAGCCUGCAGCCUCCAACACCGUCACUCAGCCUGCAGCCUCCAACACCGUCACUCAGCCUAAGGCCUCCAACACCGUCACUCAGCCCGCAGCCUCCAACACCGUCACUCACCCCGCAGCCUCCAACACCGUCACUCACCCCGCAGCCUCCAACACCGUCACUCAUCCCGCAGCCUCCAACACUGUCACUCACCCCGCAGCCUCCAACACCGUCACUCACCCCACAGCCUCCAACACCGUCACUCACCCUGCAGCCUCCAACACCGUCACUCACCCCGCAGCCUCCAACACCGUCACUCACCCCACAGCCUCCAACACCGUCACUCACCCCACAGCCUCCAACACCGUCACUCACCCCGCAGCCUCCAACACCGUCACUCACCCCACAGCCUCCAACACCGUCACUCACCCCACAGCCUCCAACACCGUCACUCACCCCGCAGCCUCCAACACCGUCACUCACCCCGCAGCCUCCAACACCGUCACUCACACCACAGCCUCCAACACCGUCACUCACCCCACAGCCUCCAACACCGUCACUCACCCCGCAGCCUCCAACACCGUCACUCACCCCACAGCCUCCAACACCGUCACUCACCCCGCAGCCUCCAACACCGUCACUCACCCCACAGCCUCCAACACCGUCACUCACCCCGCAGCCUCCAACACCGUCACUCACCCCGCAGCCUCCAACACCGUCACUCACCCCGCAGCCUCCAACACCGUCACUCACCCCGCAGCCUCCAACACCGUCACUCACCCCGCAGCCUCCAACACAGUCACUCACCCUGCAGCCUCCAACACCGUCACUCACCCCGCAGCCUCCAACACCGUCACUCACCCCGCAGCCUCCAACACCGUCACUCACCCCGCAGCCUCCAACACCGUCACUCACCCCACAGCCUCCAACACCGUCACUCACCCUGCAGCCUCCAACACCGUCACUCACCCCACAGCCUCCAACACCGUCACUCACCCUGCAGCCUCCAACACCGUCACUCACCCCGCAGCCUCCAACACCGUCACUCACCCUGCAGCCUCCAACACCGUCACUCACCCCGCAGCCUCCAACACCGUCACUCACACCACAGCCUCCAACACCGUCACUCAACCUUCAUUUUCUCAAAAUUGUGUAUGA